CGGAAAAAAAUGGCUCAAAUUUUAGUUUCAUUUGGACCAGACUUGAGCUAUCAGAAAUGGCUAUUCUCUCACUCUCUCUCCUCAAACUUCCCCUUCUCUCUCCAUUCACUUCAACUACAUCUUCUCCGUCAUCUUCUAGUCCCAAAAUUUAUCUUCCAUACUUGUCGUUGAAGCACACGUCUACACUACCCUACCAUUCGUUUUGCUCAUCGUAUCGCUUCUCUGCGGGCGACAGCGCCGCCGUUGAUUGCAGCGAUGUGUUUGAAGAAGCGGUUGCGCUCUUCAACGGCAGGGAUUACUACAGAUGCCAUGACUAUCUCGAGGACCUAUGGAACCGAUCUCAAGAACCGGUACGGACCCUCGUUCACGGUAUUCUACAGUGCGCCGUGGGUUUUCAUCACCUCUUCAAUCAGAACCAUAAAGGAGCAAUGAUGGAGUUGGGAGAGGGAGUGUGCAAGCUACGGAAGAUGAAUUUCGAGAGCGGACCAUUCCAUCAAUUUGAGCGGGAGAUUUCCGCAGUUCUAGAAUUUAUUUAUCAGACCCAGUUAGAUCUCGCUGCCUGUACGGAUGAUUUUUGCCUGACGCUAGAUCAAUCAGAAAGAUCAUAUCAACUUCUUGGUGGUUACGCUGCUGGACAGCGUCUGUAUCGUUUAGAAAGUGACCCUAAUGAAAUUAUGCAUAUAGUAUUCUGCCCAGAAAGAUCUUAUGGCAUUGCUGAUCCACUGAGAGUAAAACUUCCCGUCCUUCAUGCAUCCCAAGAACAUCUCAAGGAUUUCGAGACUGAAUUUAUGUAGAAAGCAGUCAUUUGUAAAACUUUAAUUUCCUCAUCAUUGAGGUAUUAAUACUAAAAUACCUUUUCCCAA